AGACGCCGACUGUUACAACAACAUUAACAGCAACUCCUGGGGCUUUGAAACAGGCAGUAUCAGAGGGAGACAGAUCAAGAGCCUUUCUUUAGAUAAAUAUUUUUAAAAAAAAAUAUUAGAGAAGCACCCCUUUCCCCUGUCCCUGAACAAUAAUUACACCACAGGCAAGGCAGAGCUGUUUUCACUGCGGUCCGUAGAGCAAAUGAUGACUGCCAAGACGGUAGACAAAAUCCCAGUCAGUUUGAGUGGGCUUGUGCACCACGUCCCUGAAAGCAUUUACUCAGUGGAUGACAUCGCCACUACCCUGCCAACAUCAGUGAUCAACUUUCCCAAUGGUGACUUGGGAGGACCCUUUGACCAGCUCAGCGGUGUGACAGGAGAUGGCCUGAUCGGCGUGGACAUGAGCGACAAGAGGUCCCUGGAGCUACAGUACGCCUGCGGCAGCUUCGCACCAACUUCGCGGGGCCAGCCGUUCACCUACAUGGGCAAGUUCUCCAUCGACCCGCAGUAUCCUGGCGCAGGUUGCUACCCGGCCGACGGCAUCCUCAACUUGGUGAGCGCCGGCAUCCUGCAGGGGGUUGCCGCUCCCUCGUCCUCCUCCUCCUCCGCCAACCCAUCUUCCUCCUCGGUCACCUCGUCCUCUGCUGCCUCCUGCGGAUCUCCCAACCCGCUGGGCUGCGCCAUGGCACCCGCCGCCGGCGAUAUGGAGCACAUGUACUCGCCACCGCCUCCACCGCCUUACUCCGCCUGUGGGGAGCUCUUCCAGCAGCAGCAGCAGCAGCAGCAGGCGCAUCCGGACAGCUCAUCUGCUUUUCUGACCGCCCCUUCGGGGACCUAUCCUCCGCCCCCUUCUUACCACCACUCCCCCAAGACGGUGACGCCCGCUGGAGCCGACGGCAGCUGCCUCUUCUCCAUGAUCCCGGACUAUCCGAGUUUCUUCCCCCCGCCGCCGCCCCCUCAAUGUAGCCAACGCGAUCUCCACGGCGCCGUCGAGCGCAAGCCUUUCCCUUGCCCGCUGGACUCGGUGCGUGUCCCGCCUCCGCUCACGCCCCUCUCCACCAUCCGCAGCUUCAGCCUCGGCACGCCCCCUGCCGGCCUCGGUGAAGGGCCGGUUUCGGGGCCGGUAGCCCGCUUGGUGCCGGGCGCCUACGGCAGCCCGGCCAAUUUGCCCUUGCGCCCCAUCCUCCGUCCGCGCAAAUACCCGAACAGGCCCAGCAAGACGCCGGUGCACGAGCGGCCUUACCCGUGCCCGGCUGAGGGCUGCGACCGUCGCUUCUCGCGCUCCGACGAGCUGACGCGGCACAUCCGCAUCCACACGGGCCACAAGCCCUUCCAGUGCCGCAUCUGCAUGCGCAACUUCAGCCGCAGCGACCACCUCACCACGCACAUCCGGACCCACACGGGCGAAAAGCCCUUCGCCUGCGACUUCUGCGGCAGGAAGUUCGCCCGCAGCGACGAGAGGAAGCGCCACACCAAGAUCCACCUGCGCCAGAAGGAGCGCAAAGUAGCCGCUUCUACCUCCUCCACCGGCCCGGGCCCCUCUUCGGGCGGUGGCGUGCCUCCGCCCGGCUCCAUAUGCUCAAGCGGCGGCGCCACUCUAACUUCCUGUGCCUCUAAGACCCGGACGCCCUGAUGCCGCUGGGGCCCCUUUUGGCCAGGGACUAGGGUUGCGCACGGGGGCCUUUCUACCUUCUGCGAUCGACUGAUCCCGCCGCCUGGGUGCAGCGUCCGGCAGGUAAUUGACAAAGGAUUCCCCCUCACCACGCCUCGUGCUUGCUGGGGUGGGCUGCUCGACCAACUCUGUUGUGAGUGAUCAGGUCAGACUGGACUUUGGAGAGUGCCCCUUGGCACAGACCAGUACCUUUCCAAAGGAGAGGAGGGAGGGAAGUUAUCGGUAAGGGAAAAGGGAAGGACUGUUGUAUGCACUUUAUACCUUCGCUGACGCUCCCCCAGUCCUGGAGAAUUCAGCAGCAAGGAUCACUUGUUACUUGCCAAAGCCCUCCACAACCCCUCACAAAAUUCUCUCACUCACUCUCACACACACACACAUACCAACCAACCAACCUUUGGGUUAUUAGAGAUGGAAACCUUUCUUAUUUUCCUUAGCAGUAUAAAUACAACUAAUAAAGCAGAGGUCCCAAAACACCUUUCCUGGAAAGUAAGUUCCACUGAAAAUCUAUGAAAGUAAAUGUUCCGAGCUGGGCUUCUAUGUUACGAGAGAAAAGAGAAGUGCAAUGAGGACGGGUCAGCGAGACAGGAGGCAUGUGGCAAUAUCAGGCCUUUUAAAAAAUAAAAAGGUACUUUCCAGAUUUUAAAUGACUAUUUACCCACCACCACUGUAUAUUUCCACCUUCUUUUGAAAAACAAGGCGCACUGUUCUCCACCUCCUCCAAAGAUGAGGAGGGUUAGAAUCAAGUGGACUGGAGAGGUUUAACAUAUUAUUUAAAGAGAGACUGUACAUACCUUCUCUGGUGUCUGGGUGCAUGCAAUCGUGUUGAAGUGUCCUUGGUGCCUUUUUGGGGGGAUGUAGAAAGUGGUUCAGUGAUUGCAUGGCAAAACUGGUUGCCUUACUAAUCAUGAUGGGGUGGGGUGGGAGGAGAAGAGAAUCUUGGAUUCCCAGGUUUGAGUAUGGCUGUAUAUUUCUGCCUAUUAAUAUUUGGAUUAUCCUAGAAACUCUAUUUUUGUAUGCGCUGGGUUUUUCUUUGUGACUUAUUAAUUGUUGCUUUUGUAGUAUUUUUUUUUAAGGAUCAUGGGAUGUAUGUAAUCUUUCUAGAGGGAUCCUGCACAAUGGCUGAUUCACCUUAAAAAGGUACGACCACUAACUGGAGCCAUCCCUAAGAAAGGUGGUUUUUGUCAUGAACAUUGUGUAAAUAAAUGUUUUGUGAACAGAAAAGAAAAACCUGUCCCGUUCCUACUAAAUAUCUCACGCAUUGAGUUGCCCAGUAUAGCACAUUCAUGGAUAUUGGAAAAGGGGGUGGGUUGUGCUGGGCAGACUUCUAACCUAACAUUUGAGAACUCCCCUUCACAGACAAAA